GCCGCGAUGUCCUUCGCAGCGCUGCCCACCGAGCUCCUUUUGCAAAUCGCCGGAUACUGUCCGGCCGCGGCCGCGCCGGCGCUGCGGGGCGUGAGCAGGACGAUGGGCGGGGUGGUGGCGCCGGUGUUCUUCGGGUGCCUGCCCCUGCUGCUCGCGCCGGAGGGCCUCUGCGGCGGGACGCGCGCGCUGCUGGAGGCGGUGGCGCGCGGCGGGACGGGGACGGGGACGGGGACGGGGACGGGGACGGGGUGGGGCACGUGGGCGCGGAGCAUCCGGGUCGUGCUGCGCCCGGGCGCGGACUCGGAGCGGCCCGUCGUCGAGUUGGGUGCGGAACGGCGGAAGUGGGAGCAGGAGCAAGACGACAUCGCGCUGCUGCGGCGCGCGCUCGGAGUGUUGCCCGCGACGCACUCUGCGAGCUUCGAGUGGGCCACGCUAGACCUGCCCCACGGUGUCAACUACGCCAUCCUCGAGCACCUAGCGGCAGCAGGCGCCGCGUUCCAGGAGCUGAGCAUCGCGAUCACCGCGCAAGAAGGCUGGCUGGAGAAGCGGCCCGAGCCGUCCUGGCCCACAUUCGGCAGCCUCCGGGCGCUGACGCUCGCGGGCCCGCACGUGCCGCAUGCGCUGUCGACGCUCGCAUACUAUCUCUGGGACGCCGGGUCGGCCGCGGCGCUCACCCGGCUCACGGUCGCCGGCCCCGCGCGCACCCGGCUCCCGCUGUGGACCAUGCUCGACGACUGGCACAUCUCCGCGCUGCACGUGAGCGAGGCGACGCUGUUCUUCUUCGGCGCCGCGGCGCUGAGGGACAUGGUUGCGCUGGAGUCGCUGCAUGUCGUCGGGGCCGGCGGCCCGCAGCCGCCGACGCUCCGUGCCCGUGACCUGUUGUUCAACGCGCAGAUCGACGCGGGCCAAGACGCGUUGUGGCGCACACUCGCAGCCGCACGCCUGCAUCUCAAGGAGCUCCGCGUGCCGCGGCUGUACGACGGGCUGCUGGACUACCUGCUGUCGUAUGCCGGCCUGGAGGUCCUCGCGAUCGCAAACGCGUCCGGCGCCGAGUUGCCGAUACCGGUAGACGACGCGGACGCGGAUUCCGAGUCGUCGGACUCCGCCGACGACUGGUCUGAUGACGAAGCGGAUCCGGAUCCGGACCGCGGCGCUGCGAGCUCUGAGGCGGGAAUGGCAUCUGCAUUCUUCCACCGGGUCCUGCCGCGACACGCCCGCUCGCUGCGCGUGUUGCGCGUGACCGCGCCGUAUCCCGGGCCCUGGAGUGUCGGCCCCCACAACGUGGACGCCCUCCGGCAGCUGGCGCGCCUGCACACCCUUGUCGUGAGCGUGGACGUGAAGCGGGCGCCGGCCGGGGCAGGCAGGACGUGUAUGCUGCGGGUCGCGGCGGGGCCCGGGGAUGGCAUCGACGCUGUCGAACGCGUCCUCGCGACGAUCAGCGGCCUUCCGUGCGUGCGCCGCCUUGCGCUGCUUGCAACGGCGCCGGCGCGGCAGCGGCGCGCGUACGGCUGGCGGCGCGUCGUGACGGAGUCGGAUGAGCGCCGGGCCGCGCGCGCGGUCGAGGCGGCCGUCGGGCGCACCGGGUCCACGCCCGGCCCGGCAGCGCCGGGGCGAUUCAACGACGCGCUCGUGCUGUUUGCGGGGCGCAGUGUGUAUUGCCGGAAGCGGGACGGGGCGUUUGGGGUGGUGGAGACGCUGGCGCUCGGGACGACGAGUACGGGCUCCGCGUUGCCGCCGCUGUGGGUUGACGCGGAGGUGUGA